AUGACAGUAAAGCUCAAGGAAGACACUUCCUCUUCGGACGAGGAAGAUGCACCUCUCUCAGCUACUCUACAACGUAAUAAUAAGAGAAAGAUCCAAGAGUCCGAUGAGGACGAUGAGAACACCAAAAUCAAGCCAGAGGACAACGAAUCGGUCGAUAGCGAUGAAGCGUUGUCGAAAGUUGUGUCUCCUCGAAAAAUUGUGAAAAAGGCCAAAACUAGCGGGAAAAAAAAUGGCGGUGCCAAAACGCAGGCUGACAAUAAGAAAUCCAAGAAGAAGACUACUACCACAACGACCACAGCGAAAAAAACACCAAAGAAAAUCCCAAAACGAGAACACUCUGUCGAACAGCAAAAUGCCGACCCGGAAGACAGCAGCAGCAGCAUCAAGGAAUCCAGCGAAAGUGCAGACGAGUUCAAGUGGUGGGAAAAAGAUAACGACGACGACACAGUCAAGUGGACGUCGUUGAAACACAACGGUGUGAUUUUCCCUCCCAAUUACGAUCCGCUUCCUUCGCACAUCAGGCUAUACUACGCAGGAAAAGCGGUCGAUCUGCCGCCUCAGGCAGAAGAAGUCGUGGGUUUUUUCGCUGCGUUGCUGGAAUCCGAUCACGCCAAGAACCCUGUGUUCCAGAAAAACUUCUUCGAAGACUUCCUACAGGUGCUGAAAGAGAGCGGCGGUGCCCGCAAUGGUGUGGAGAUCAAGGAAUUCGAAAAAUGCGAUUUUUCCAAGAUCUAUGACUAUUUUCAGCUGCAAAAGGAGCAGAAAAAACAGCUCAGUUCGCAGGAGAAGAAGAAGUUGAAAGAGGAAAAAGAGGAGCUGGAAGAGCCCUACAAAUUCUGCUUUCUCGAUGGGCGCAAAGAACAGGUCGGAAACUUCAGAAUUGAGCCUCCGGGGCUUUUCCGUGGUCGCGGUGCACAUCCAAAGACAGGUAAACUGAAGAGACGGGUUUACCCCGAAGACGUGGUGCUCAAUCUAGACAAAGAAGCUGAGAUUCCAAAACCACCAGAGGGUCACAACUGGGGUGAGAUACGGCACGACAAUACGGUUCAAUGGCUAGCCAUGUGGCGAGAAAACAUUUCGAACUCUUUCAAGUACGUUCGUUUUGCCGCAAACUCGUCCUUGAAAGGCAUGAGUGACUUCAAAAAGUUUGAAAAAGCCCGCCAGCUGAAGGACUACAUCGGAAUGGUAAGAAAGGACUACACCAAAAACCUCAAAAGUAAGGUUAUGUUGGAAAGACAAAUCGCUGUGGCGUGUUACUUCAUUGACGUCUUUGCGCUGAGAGCAGGCGGAGAGAAGGCAGACGACGAAGCCGACACUGUUGGUUGCUGUUCUUUGAGAUACGAGCAUGUCACUUUGAAACCUCCCACAACAGUCAUUUUCGACUUCCUGGGUAAGGACUCUAUUAGGUUUUACCAGGAAGUGGAGGUGGAAAAGCAGGUUUUUAAAAACCUGACGCUAUUCAAAAAACCGCCAAAGAAGCCCGGCCACGAGCUGUUUGACAGACUGGAUCCCUCAAUUUUAAACAAACACCUUCAAAACUACAUGCCAGGCUUGACGGCCAAAGUCUUCCGUACCUACAACGCUUCCAAGACAAUGCAGGAUCAGUUGGAUCUCAUCCCAAAUGAAGGUACCGUGGCGGAAAAACUUCUAAAAUACAAUGCGGCGAACCGCACGGUUGCCAUCUUGUGUAACCAUCAAAGGACCGUGACGAAGGGCCAUGCUGCAUCGGUGGAAAAGGCCACAGCGAGGAUUGAGGAAAUGGAGUGGCAGAAAAUCAGGCUGAAGAAAAUGAUCAUGCAGCUGGACGCGACAGAGGCGAAAAAAAACCCCAAGUACUUCGCUGAGGUCAAAGAUCUUGUGAAGGAGCAGGAGGCUGCCAUCCACAGACGCGUUAUCGAGAAGGAACGGGAGAAAUUCGCCAAGAAGUUUGCUCGCGACAAUGAGAAACGCAAAUUCGACAAAGAGGAGCCUCUACCGGAGUCCCAGCUCAAGGAGUGGAUGGCAAAGGUGGACGAGAUGGAAAAGGCAUACGCAGACGAGCUGAAAACCGGCAAAGUGCAGGUAACAAACAGCGACGUGGAAAAACUCAAGUCCCAAGUUGACAAACUCGAGCAAAGAAUUGAAAACUACACUACCCAGCUAAAAGACAAGGAGGACAACUCCCAGGUUUCUCUGGGCACUUCCAAGAUCAACUACAUCGACCCCAGAUUGUCGGUUGUGUUUUGCAAGAAGUAUGGUGUUCCUCUGGAGAAGGUUUUCACCAAAUCGCUGCGGGACAAGUUCAAGUGGGCGGUGGAGUCCGCAGACGAGAACUGGCGGUUCUGA